AAAUCCAAACUUUUGACCUUGAAACGCCAGUAGGAAACCUAAAACCUUCCUUUCAGCCAGACAUUUCCACAAACACUUGGUGGGCAUCUGAUUUCUUCUCUCUGCUACUCUCCUUCUCCAUGAAAUUCAAAGCAUUUCUCACUGAAAAUGGAGUAACCCUCUUGGAGAGGAGAUUCAUCCCAGCCUUUGAAAAAAUGGGCAAAAUCUGCCAUGUUUAUCUCACCAAAGAUCACACCUUCUUCCUCCACAAUCUUCUCAAUAAUGACGGUGUUCAAUCAAUUGCCCAAUUCCAAAAAGAUGCCUUAUUCUCUGACUAUCGAAUUUCCAGCCAAAACGAGGAUCGAAUAGCCUUCACUGUCGACCUCUCAAUCCUUCUUCGAGCCCUCAAAUCUGCAGCAGCAAUUUCAUCAUCUGUUGAUCGCCUUCAAAUCAAGCUAGUCAAGAAAUUACCCCCAAAUUCUACGAUUUCCAUGCCUUUUCUCAGUUUUGAGACAAAAGGUUAUGCUUCUGCUGUGGUUCAGGAUAUACCCAUCUCAAAACCCCUUUCAAGAACUCAUGUUUUGGAGCUUCAAACUGCUCUUGAUGAUGCUCAAGACCUCCCUAGAACCCUAGUUGGAGUUAGUGAAUUAGAUAGAUUGUUGAUUUUUGUUGAGAGAAUGAAACAAUUGGGUGAUGUCAUUGAUGUUGAAAUUGGAAAAAAUGGGGAAUUGGGUUUGAAGGUUUCUACAAGUUUGGUGACUUUAGGGGCAGAAUUCAAGAGAUUGAUGGUUGUAGGUGAAGAUAGUGAGGAAAAUAAUGGUGAUAUUAGAGAAAUGAAUGUGUUGGUUAGUAUGAAGCACUUUGUUAAGUGUUUGCAGUGUCAUUUAGCCAAACCUGAUUGUGCUUUCUAUGGAGUUGGAUCACAAGGUGGUUCUCUGACUGUUGUUUUCCAGUUUUUUGUUCCGGGUUCGAGGCAAACUGAUAAAUCUCUUAGCUUCCAUUGUAGGCUUCCUGUGCUUGAUCCUGGUUCUUAGGUUACUUGUUAGAGUUAUUGCUCUGCUGGGUUUCUGUAUGAUUUUCUGCUGAAUUUAGGUUUAUUGAUAGUCCCUACUCUAAUUUGAGAUAGUAAAAUGAUGCAACUUUGAUUUAUAGAAACAAGUAUAAUGUUGAUGAAGAUUUAGAAUGCAUGUCUUGCUACUGCUUUCGGCUAUACCUUAAUUUGGGUGUUAAAUUCGAAGAUACACCCAUCGUACCUUUGAAUUUGCUACUAAAUAUCUUUAGGUAAAUAUUUAGA